AUGAAGCACCCGAAGCUAUGGAGAGCGUUGCUUUUCAUGACGGUGUUGUACCAGUUUGGGACGUCAAGCAGAUACGGUUGUGUGUUUGAGACAAGGCUGUGCUCCAGGGAGCAGUUCUGCUCUGAUGACGGUCUCUUUGGGCAGUGCCGUACCUCUAAGCAGGACCAGGUGCAGUACCAGGUGUCAUUUCCUGUUUUGAAGAGGAUGCAGGAAGUCCUCAAGCAGCUCAUGCUACAGGGUCUGUCCUGGCAGGAUGACAUUACCCAGUACGUUGUUGCCAAAGAGCUGAGCAGAGUUCCUCACAGCACGCAGUCCCUAAAGGCCUCUUCCUUUUCACACUCCUCCAGUCAGGGAGGAUACCCCAGCAGCUCCUCCAGUCAGGGAGGAUACCCCAGCAGCUCCUCCAGUCAGGGAGGAUAUCCCAGUCAGGUUGACAGCCACCAGGACCACUUGAUAAUAGACCAUCUCCAGCCCCCCCUCCGCAUGCAGACAUCUCCCAUGGACCCCUUUACCUACCAACAGCACAGAUUCCAGGAAGAUAUGGAGCGCUCCCUCCACCAGGGAAGAGGAGUCUACGCAGGGCUCCGCCCCUCCUCCAGAUACCAACAGGCCAAACAGAGAGAGAGAGACCAUCAACUGCUACAGGACGUCAUCUCCCUCUAUCUGUCCUCUUCCCCUGCACAGCCCUCAUUCCGCCACCGGGGGGCAGCAGCCCUGCCGGCCCCACCCUACUACGAGGAACCGGAGCUGCCUCUGGACUAUGUAGAGGACUACAGUCUGACAGAGCUGGCUAUGGCUAGAGCCAGACAACAGCAGCAGCUUCCACAGCAUGACUACAGCUCUCUGGCUGGGCUUGAUGAGUCUAUCCUACAGCGUAUGGUGGAGACCCUGGACAGGUACGGUAUUGGCCCUAGAGAGCUGACCUCCCAGCAGCUCUACAGACUGGCUGUGGUGCUGCAGCUGAUGCAGGCUGAGGACAAGGACAACAUAGUUCCUCCUCUUCCUCAUGCUUCCGGUCCUUGCCUCCCCGGUCCCUCCUCUGCCCCAGGGCCCAAGGUGGUCCCUACCCUGGCCUCAGCUGCCACCCCCAUCACGGCACCUCUAGAGGGCAGCGUGACGGCCAAGGACUCCUCUGUCUCUGUGGAGGAUGUGAAAGAGAAGGUGAAAAGCUCCAGUGUCCCAGCUGCUGAGAGGGGAACAGCAGACAGGGAGGAGUAUGGAUACAUCGUCACCAACCAGAGUCCUCUCAGUCUGUAUAAUGGGGUGAAACUACUGGGCGUACUUGCAGAGAGGAUCCACCUGACAACCAGCAGCUUCAUCAACAUCAGUGUGGUGGGCCCUGCCCUGACCUUCAGGAUCAGGCAGAACCCUCAGAACAUGAGUGCAGAGGAUAUGGCUGAGAAGGCUGCAUCUCAGAAGUCCUUUCUGGAGUCUGAGACAGGGUUGAAGAUACUGCAGACUGGUGUGGGAGAGAGAAGCGAGGGACAUGGGCUGCCCCAUGCCACGCGGGUGAGGGAGGGGUCCAGUGGGCUGGUAUUGACGCUGGUGUCCAUGGCGUGUGUGGGCGGCGUGGUAGUGGUAGCGUUGACCAUCGCCUGUCUCCGACACCACGCCAAGCAGCUGGCCUCAGGGAAACUGGGUCUCGGACCCGAGGGAGGACCGGAGACACACGUUGACUACCAGGAGCUCUGCAGGCAGCACAUGGCAGCCAAGCCGUCGUUCAGUCGUCAGGAGGCGGUGGGCGGGGGAGCGGGGGGUCGGAGGGGGACAGACACCUCCAGGGUGAGCAGUGUGUCGUCCCAGUUCAGUGACGGCCCACAACACAGCCCCUCCUCACACAGCAGUACGCCCUCCUGGAGCGAGGAGCCCGCCCAGUCCAACAUGGACAUCUCUACUGGUCACAUGAUACUGGCCUAUAUGGAGGAUCAUCUGGAGAAUAAGGACCGUCUGCUGAAGGAGUGGGAGGAUCUUUGUUCCUACCAGGCUGAACCCAGUGCUGUCACUGUAGCACAGAGUGAAGCCCACCUGGUGAAGAACCGCUGUCCGGACUCUCUUCCCUGUGAGUCUUACAUACCUCCCCUCGGGUUUAUCCUCCUCCGACCACUGGCACACACCAUCGCUGACUUCCAGAUGAUAGCACACACCAUCGCUGACUUCUGGCAGAUGGUGAUGGCUGACUUCUGGCAGGUCAGUAGCACACAAUGUCACAGGUCAGUAGCACACAUGUCAUCGCUGACUUCUGGCAGGUCAGUAGCACACACCAUCGCUGACUUCUGGCAGGUCAUCUGGGAGAAUGGCUGUACAGUGAUAGUGAUGAUGACAGCCCUGGUUGAGGAUGGAGAGAUUCAGUGUGUUCGCUACUGGCCUGAUGAGGGAUCCUCCCUCUACCACAUCUACGAGGUGAAUUUGGUCUCUGAACACAUCUGGUGUAAGGACUUCCUGGUUCGUAGUUUCUACCUGAAGAACGUUCAGACCCAGGAGACUCGAACCCUGACACAGUUCCACCUGCUCAGCUGGCCCUCCAACGGAAUCCCUACCUCCACACGCCCUCUGCUGGACUUCCGCAGGAAGGUGAAUAGGUGCUACAGAGCUCGAUCCUGCCCCAUCAUCGUCCACUGCAGUGACGGCACUGGCAGAACGGGAACCUACAUCCUUAUUGACAUGGUCCUCAAUCGCAUGGCUAAGGGCGUGAAGGAGAUUGAUAUUGCUGCGACAUUGGAACACAUUCGGGAUCAGAGACCGAACUUAGUCCGCACCAAGGAUCAGUUUGAGUUUGCACUGACCGCCGUGGCAGAAGAGGUCAAUGCCAUCCUGAAGGCUCUGCCACAGUGAACCAUGUGUCUACCACCUCUACCACCUCGUGUGCCAGAUCCUUACAACUAGAAUUACCAUGAAAGUUAUGCAUCAUAAUACCAAUGACGGCCAUAUUGAGUGUCCCCCAUUAUUGUACCAUUCACACUGCUGUGGUCUGACGGGUUGUUGACGAUCUAGUAAUUCUAUUUCUAUGGCCAUUAUUAACCCUUCCUCUACAUCAAGAUACACAACCAGGGAGGAACUACAUUUCCCAGAGUUCAUUACUAUUACACUAAUGACCAUAGGAGUCAGUAAGACCGAACAAACAGAUCUGAGGCCAGGCUGCUAUCAUUAUGCAUUCAUAAUGAAAUUAAAUGAGGUUUUAAAAAAUCCUGUAGAUUAUUCCGUUCAGGCAAAAACACUUUAAAUGUACAGUAGGACCCCUUUACAGUGUCUUGUUAUUCGAUUUUAGAUUGAGAUUUGGUCUUAAAAUACUGUGACUUGAUUCUGUAACAUUUCUCCUUUCUCUGAUUCUCAGUCUCAGACAUGUCUCACUAGAGAUAUUACAAUUACCAUGAUCCCUCCUGUUCUGUUGUCAUGGUGAUGUUAUAUUACCAUGAUCCCUCCUGUUCUGUUGUCAUGGUGAUGUUAUAUUACCAUGAUCCCUCCUGUUCUGUUGUCAUGGAGAUGUUAUAUUACCAUGAUCCCUCCUGUUCUGUUGUCAUGGUGAUGUUAUAUUACCAUGAUCCCUCCUGUUCUGUUGUCAUGGUGAUGUUAUAUUACCAUGAUCCCUCCUGUUCUGUUGUCAUGGUGAUGUUAUAUUACCAUGAUCCCUCCUGUUCUGUUGUCAUGGUGAUGUUAUAUUACCAUGAUCCCUCCUGUUCUGUUGUCAUGGUAAUGUUAUAUUACCAUGAUCCCUCCUGUUCUGUUGUCAUGGUGAUGUUAUAUUACCAUGAUCCCUCCUGUUCUGUUGUCAUGGUGAUGUUAUAUUACCAUGAUCCCUCCUGUUCUGUUGUCAUGGAGAUGUUAUAUUACCAUGAACCCUCCUGUUCUGUUGUCAUGGAGAUGUUGUGUUACCAUGAACCCUCCUGUUCUGUUGUCAUGGAGAUGAUGUUUAAAACCACAUUGUACUCUAGAAUGUAUCCAUCCAUAUAACAUAACAGCAUGAGGCCCGUGGCUUGUUUAUGCAGGAAGACAGAGACCCUCACUAUGGUGAGGAUGAAGUGAGUGACAUACUAGUGUACAAUACGUUACACCAGUUUCUCUAAGGGGAUGGCGUUUACCUCUAACAUGAUUGUCUGUUAUUAAACUGUAACUAAACCCUAGUGUACAAUACAUUUCACCAGUUUCUCUAAGGGGAUGGCGUUUACCUCUAACAUGAUUGUCUGUUAUUAAACUGGAACUAAACCCUAGUGUACAAUACGUUACACCAGUUUCUCUAAGAGGAUGGCGUUUACCUCUACGUUGAACUCUAAAUCCAAUGAUUUAUUUCUAUCCAUUUUGUAAUUGAACUAUUACAGUACACUAACUACCUAAUCACUCACAUCUGAGUCAUAUCAAUUAGUGUCUUCAAUGUUACUGUAAAACCUCUGUUUAUUGUAAAUAAUUCACCUCAUUAUUUGUUAUAUGUUUAUUAAUGUAGCAAACACAGAAAACAACUAUAAAAAUAUUUUUCACUCAAUGUAUGUAAUUAAAUCUCUAUUGUGAUGUGGUGCAACAGCA